ACGGCCGAGGGCUGUGUUGGGUUAUAUUUUGGUGUGAUUGAAAUAUACUAAAUUUACAGGUCCAUAGAAAUGAGAAGUUUAACAAAUUCACGUAGGGAAUUGAUUACUUAUUGACAGCUGGAUAUACAAAAUCGGAUGGGGAUGUUACAAUGUGCCGUUUUAGUGUUUGGUGUAUUAUUACAACUAUGUAAUGGGCAAAACAUCUGUAAGAAAACCUCGACCUCAGGUGGAAGUACGACCACAACCUUUACAAAAUGUGCUGACAAGUGUUGUGGUGACGUCAACGACGAAUACUGCUGCGAGACCAGUGAUUCCGGACUUGUUAUAGCCGUCGUGGCCACAUCCGUAGUGUUCAUCAUUCUCGCCCUCGGUUUGGCAAUUUGCUGCAUGAAGAACCACACCAAACAAACGUCCCGGGUAGCGGUCUUACAUAUGACGGCCACUCAGAACGCCACGGCACGUAGAGAUGAACGCAGAGAACGGCGGCAGAGGGAGGCAGCAGUCGCAAUGGCAGGCUAUCCACAGCAAUAUAUGCCCGGGUACGCGGGUGUCCCGCCCCCAACCUAUAACUCUAUGUACGGAGAAAAUCUACCCCCAGGGGCAUUCGCAGAGUACAUCCCUCCUCCAGGACCACACUUUCCCUCCACCUCACAAGAUGAAGCCGGCGCGAUGGGCGGAAUGGACGCUUAUCAAACCAAACAUUAAUUAUCUGGUACUGCAGAUAUUGUUUUAAUGUCAUUGUACA